GGUGAAGACAUUUAAAUAGUCACCUCACUUGGUAAAUAAAGUUUAGGCUCCUAAUAAUCAUGAUCUAAGAGUGUUUUUCUUGCAGUGGUGAAAAUGCAAUGUAGUUUUGAUUGGGUAGCCCAGGAUUCUUCUUAAGUACUCUUAGGUGACACUAAAUUUUAAUGUUGUAGUUGGAGUUGUAAUCUUGUUGUAUCCAUGUGACAAAUGAAAGUUGAUGUUGGAGAAAAGAAUGCCUUUGUAAGAAAGAGAGGUUUACAAAUUACAAGUAAUAAUUAAUAGCUCGGAACGGUGUCGUUUCAGUACUAAGAUUUAAAUUGAACCAAACAAUAUCAAACCUACGCCGGAGAGAUUGACCGAUUACACUAAUCGAGUCCGAUGGAAAGACGCAUCGAAAACGCCUUCCCUGGACCUUGUCCACCACCACCACAAGCUCCGUACUAUCAUAACAACAACAACAACAACACUCAUCAGAUUCAUCCGUCGCACCACCAUGUCGCCGGCGUUGGAUUCCAGCAAUACCCACAAAACGACAACAGAGAACAUGGUUUCAAUCAGCAGCCGCAUUUUGAUAAUCAACAGAAAAUUCCUGAUAAAUUAUAUGUCAGAUGCCUCAACAAACAAACAACAAGAACGGACGUCCAUGAGGUGUUUUGUAGGUUCGGAGUCAUUGGAGAUAUUUAUAUGGCAGUCGACGACAUGAAUGUUAGCCGUGGUCUAACUUUAACGCUCCACCUGCAAUGCCAAAUUGGCACCCACAACCAUAUCCCCAGUGGGGAAACAAAGAACCUGCAGCCCCUAGAGUCGUUGGUUUCGCUUCACAACCUAAUCACUUUCCGCAGCAAAAUGCUCAAGCAGUAUCCGAGUUUCAAAACCCUCAGGAUUUUGUCAAGCAUCAUAAAUCUGAGACUACCAGCAUGGAGACUAAUGGUCAGAAGAUUUCCAGUAAUGCAAAUGUCAUUCGUUAAAACCAGAAUAAAGAAGAGUGUGACUGGAGUGAACACACUUGUCCUGAUGGGAACAAGUAUUAUUUCCAUUGUGUCACUUGCGAAAGCACGUGGGAGAAACCAGAGGAGUACUCCAUGUCUGAGAGAUGGUUCGACAGGCUACAAGAUCAAAAAAUUGUCUCUCCCCCGUCAAACAGUGAGGACCAAGAUGCAAUAGAAAACAUCCAGCAAGAUCAGUCUCCUCUAUUGCAACUCCUCCAACAACAAUCCUUAUCCACAGCGGAUGAAGAGAAGAAUUCGGUAUAUCCGGUAGUAACAAGAGUGGCUGUUGAAACAACAUGUCCAUAAAAAUGUCACAGGGCAAGUCACUAAGCAAGUAUUUUGGAAGGGAGAUUUGAAAAAGAGUAGACCUGAGUUUAAAGAAGUUGAUUACUUCAAGACUCGGAACAUUUGGUGAAUAUUUGUUGGAAUCCAAUAGAAAAGGUGUGAUGAAAGUGGCAUAAACUUUGAGACUUGUGAAAACCAUAUUAAGGAGCCACUGGUGAUGAGCCAUCAAGAUAGAUGUGUAUGUUUUGGUUUGCUCAACUGUUUCUGAGCAACAAGACACUCUAGUGAUAUCCACCACACCUUAAAAG